UGAAGCCGUUUGUGCCGUUGUUUUGUAAUACGUGAAUGUAUUAGUAUAAUUCAUGGAUCAAAGUAAACAACAAGAGGAGGACUAUGGCUAUAAUUUAUUUCCGGAAAGAAAGACAGGAAAAUACAAAAAGGGGUCGAUAGCAGAAAGCCUGUUCACUUUCAACCACAAGUGUCAGGUCAUGCUCCAUUUGGCUAUUGAGACAAGUCCGUAUGCAAAACUUCUCCUUGGAGCAAUGAAAAAUUCUGGAUGCGCAUUGCACAAAGACCGACAUUUUUCCUGUGAAGACUGUGAUGGCACUGUUAGUGGUGGAUUCGACGCAACAACGUCUCAAAUUGUUUUGUGUCAGAACAACAUUCACCAGCAGUCCCAUAUGAACAGAGUGGUCACACAUGAACUCAUUCAUGCCUUUGACCACUGCCGGGCCCAUGUCGACUGGUUCAACAACUUCAGGCACUUGGCCUGUUCUGAGAUCCGUGCAGCCAACCUCAGUGGAGACUGCUCAUUCAGCAACGAACUAUCCAGAUUCAACUUUGGGAUAAAACAGCAUCACCAGGAGUGUGUCAGGGGUCGGGCGCUACGCUCCAUUUUAGCAGUGAGGAAGAUAAGCAGAGAAGAGGCGGAGAAGGUGGUGGACGAAGUCUUCGACAGCUGCUUCAACGACCACGCGCCGUUUGGCCGAAUUCCACACAGCAAGAAAGAUGCAAAGUUUGCCUACAGAGAUUUUGAGAACAGAGAUCGAUAUUCUGCAAACCUGUAAAUUUUCUGUGAAACACAUGGCUUAGUCUAAGGGUGCUAAUGUAAGGAAGGAAACGGUGUCCGUACUGUACCUUACCGAGGCUUUCUGCGGCUUCCAGCUGUCCGGCGGGAUCAAGGAGAGGUGGCUGAUAAUUCUUUCCUUAAAGAAAACACAAAGCUGUCUGUAUGUCCCUCGCUCUCGUUGUCACACACUGAAUUAAUGUCAUGAUGGUACAAAAAAUAAUUAGUUGUAAUUUUUUUGGGCACUGAUGUUGCAAAGUGGGCUAUUGUCUAGACAUUUCAGGAAUAAUUUAUUCAAGGCCACUGAAAUGAUACAUGGUGUUGUAGCUGUUUUAUAGAACUGAUAUUAUGACUGAUGAUUUUUGUUCAUGUAUUGUCAGCUUGUCCUUCCUGCUCAUUCAGUGUGAGACGUUCCAAGCCCGUUCAUUUAAUGUCAUAACAAAAAAAAAUGUGGAGUCACGUUUUACACGACCAGUGGUGGUUGCCACUCUGUGUGUGGAUCCGUGUGUCCAUGGUCAAGAUUUAAAGCUCUUUGACUGUUUUCUAGAGAACUGGUAUCAGUUGUAUUCCCAAUGUCAGCUUGUGUGGCAAUAAAAAU